CGAGUUCACAUGGGCGAUUUGUAUUUGUUGGGUAUCGUACGUUCUGGAAAAUCUCACAAACACAAAAAUUGAAAGAAAAAAAAAACUUUGGAAUUUCGUAAAAUCGGUAAAUUUUAAAACAUUUCGACGACGCAUUUUUUUUCAUUCGAAAUUCGAUGUCAAAAAUUGGCAUUUCCACAAAAUAUUUAACGAAAAAUUGAGUGAUGCCAAUUCAAAAAUAGUGCUGGGCCAUUAUAUAACACUUGGGCUGUUGUGUGAAGUUGAUUUCGCCGCCUGGCAAGAAACCGUGAGCUCACUGAGUGUGAGCGGUUGAUGGUGAUGGUAUUGUCUCGCUCUCUCACGCGCGUCUCCAUAUACACAAUGACAGACCUAACUACAUUUGUACGGAUACACAAUGAGGCGACGGCCGAUAUGCAAGUGUAUUGGUGCGUGUGAGCUGCUGCUUCUGCUGCUGCUGUUAUAGCGCUGUAGCUGGCUACUAUUGUUAAUACAUUUCAUCUAUUUGUUCUGCUUGCUGCUGUCAUGCAGGUCAGUCAUAAUUCAUAUUUCGACGAGUCGUUUCGUAAGUGUAGUUAGUUAAUCGUCACACACGCUCUGUCAUUAUUGUAAAACUUAUUAUGUCUCUCUAAUUUCGUUUACUUGAAUAUUUAACCACAAUAAUAACAACAACAACAACAACAACAAUAACAAAAGUAACAAUAAACGAAAUACAAAGAAAAAACUAAAGCAAUCCGUCGGUAUAUAUCUUACCUCCUCGCAAAAAAGAAGCAAAACGAUAGAACGAAGCUGAAACAAAAAUAAUCCAUCAUUUUCCACGCAGCUACAAUCAUCAACUCGUUGCACCAUCAUAUCCAUUCUUGUGAUUGAGAGAAAGGAAAGGAAAAACACACGCACGCGAUUUUCAUCGCGUUUCAACGACAAUAAAAAUAUGUGCAAAGACAAAAUCAAGUUAAAUCAUUUGAACUAAGCAGAAAAUGACACAGUUGCAAUCGAAAAGGAUUUGUUGUGUUUUGAUUUGAUUGUGGUACUUGCGUGAGAGUGUACUUCAUCUGCCGAACAACAAGAGGAAAACGAAGAAGAAGUGGACAGAGAACCGAGUAGAGAAAAAAAAGAAGAAGUGAGAACAAGAAACAAAGUGAAUGCAAGAGAUGAACACUUAAAAGAUGAACAAAUAAACAAUGAAUUUGAGCGCGCUCAUUCUCGAUUUGCUGAAUGGGAAAAUCCUUUGAAGAUAGUCACAGAGCACGGGUUAUGUGAAUGAAAUCGAAUCGGUGGCAUGUUGUGUGCGUGAUUGAGCGAAGAAAAAACCGCGACGCGAAAACUAAACGUGUAACCUUUUUUUAAAUAAUUUUUGCGCGAGUAAAAAACCCGAAAAAUAAACCAACAAAUCAACAAACAGAAUGCAAAUCCUUUUGUUGUUUAGUGCAAAUAAGAGGAUAGCGUCAUCAUCGCCGAGGCUUUGAAUUGCUUAGUUCCGUAGGAACCAAAAAUAUACACGUUCACACACACGAGAGAAAAAAACAACAAAAUCCGGAAACGCUCUUCAUCGAAAAUAAGUACUGUAAAGUGUAAUUAUGCUGUCUGCCAGUUCAUACGUGCGAUUCAAACGUUGAAUGUGUUUGACUUUAAGAAAAAAUAUACAUAAAUGUUCUCAUCUUGCAUCGAGUGAGUGUGUGUGUGUGUGUGUGUGUGAAUUUUUAUGAAUUGAGUUUUAUGUACCACAUUUUCCGUGUAAAUUAAGCCCAUCGAUAUAGAAGACCCAAAACAAAAAAUCCCAAGGACAAGCCAAUGAGAAAAUCUCUAUGUCUCCAAAUAUAAACAACAACAACAACCGAUCAUUCCAUGUUAAGAAGUGCGCCAAUUGAUAUUAUCGUAGAACAAUCAUAAUUUUUAGGUGAUAAAACGUCAUUUUUUCUUUCCUGAUAAAAGUGUGUGAUUCAGCUACUCAUCCUGAUUCAUCGAAACCACACACACACAAAAAAAGAAGCGGCAAAAGUCGUAAUACACAAGUAACAAACAAAAAAAGAGAAGAAAACAAACAACAACAAAAUCGUCUUUAUUUCCUACACUUAUUGUGCCACGGAUUUUACAUCAUUAGUAUUCCAGAGGCGGUUCAACUAAUUGCAUACAUAAAACAACAUUUAUCAAAUAUUUCCGGUGGGGUUUUUACUCCUGCUUCUGCUGCGCCGCUGCUGCUGACUGAUAACACGACAACGUAUCGAGAGCUCAAUCAACCGAACCGGUGUGAAUAAUUCGAAUGCAAGGAUAUUGAAAUUGAAUGCAAACCAAAACGAUGGACACAUUGCAAGUCCAUUCAGCAUCAUCGCAGAAUCUAUUGGGCGGUAGCAAACCAUCAAGCCGUGCACCGUCUCCCUGUCGCUCCGACCAAAGUAAAUAGUACAAAUCCAACACAAAUACACACACACACAUACAUACAGAGCACGAAAUUUACCGUAAAAGUCCAGCCAAACGAGCGACAAUAAAAUACAGCACGCAAAACCACAUUUAUUUGCAUUUUAUUUCGUGCACAUCGAGUGAGAGAGAGGCCGUCUUAAGCGCUCUCUGCAUCUCUGUAGAUUGGAAUUUGAAAAAAGAGGAGAAGAAAAAACAAACGAAAAUCGAAAGGAACAUUUGAGACACGACAAACAAAAUCACCUUGCAGCGACAACAAUUUAUUAAACGAGCACGAACACUUAAUCCCCAUCGCGCGCAUAUCGUAACAAACAGUGUUAUUAGCUUGAAUCGAAAGAAAACGGCAAUUCUUCGGCACGGAUCCCAUAUUUGAAUUGCAAAAGUACCAAAAGUAAAAUAGAAUAACCAAAGCAAACGAGCCCAAGUGUUCAAUCGUCCCCCGAGAAGAACUCUGACUGCGUGAAGUGCGACCGAUCUCACCAAUCUUCCAUCUCUCACCAUCGUCGCACCAUUUGAAUUUGUUGCUUUGUUUCUUUGCUAUUUAAAAUACAUCACAGCCAUAGCCAUAGCCACCACCAUCACCACCAUCACCGUAGCCUUUUUGUAAACACAAAAAAAAAGAACGACAACACAGCGACCUUAUUCGAUCACGUAUAAAGCUUCAUCUGCGACCGAUUGCGCCUUUGCAAAACAAAAAACAAACAAACACCUAGAAACAAAUCAAAAAUCACCUAUAAAAAUGUCAAAAGAUCGUGAUAGCAAUGACUCCGUAUCAGGGAGUGGGCUAAGGUUUCGUAAUCAAAGUCCAUCAACGACAAAUCGAAGGAGUCGCGAUCGAGAUCGUAGCACGAACGAUAAGGGGACGUGGGAACGUGAUGCGGACGCAAACACAAUGCUAAUCACAAAUGAGGCGAGCAUAACAUCGCCAACCGUUGCUGGGAACAGUGCAACGACCGCAGUAGCCAACGUGGCUCCCACCGGCAGCGAACAUAGCGAUACCAUGGAUGAUUCAAGACUCUCAGAGGAGCUGGGUUAUCAAUCGUUUGUACUUGAUGAAUUGGAGGGAAAUACAUCGACGAUGGAGCGACGACAUCAUCACCAUCAUCAUCGAUCGAAUAGCGGCCAGGCAAUGGAUCGUCUCAAUACGAAAAUCGCAUGCACACGUGAAUCAAUACGAAAAGAACAAACGGCUCGAGAUGAAAAUGUGAACGAGUACCUGAAAUUAGCAGCCAAUACGGAAGCGGAUAAGCAGCAAUUGCAUCGCAUCAAAGCGGUCUUUGAGAAGAAAAACCAAAAAAGUGCGCACACAAUAUCUCAACUCCAGAAAAAGCUCGAGGUGUACAGUAAACGAGUGAAAGAUCUUCAGAUUCAACAGAAUCAACGUCAAAUUGGACAUCGGCAACCGCGCGAAGUGUUACGAGAUGUGGGUCAAGGUUUGAAAAAUGUCGGGGGCAAUGUUCGAGACGGUAUCACUGGACUUGGCGGUAGCCUGAUGUCAAAGCCACGUGAAUUCGCCCAUCUCAUUAAGAAUAAAUUCGGCAGCGCGGACAAUAUCAAUCAACUAUCAUCAACCUGGUACACAGAUCCCGAUUUGAAUACACUGGAUUUGACCGGUACACACAAUAAUCAAGCGCAAAAUUCAUCGCACCAUCACCUUCAUUCGUCGACGCUGGGCAACAACCAUACAACGCCACACACUGGAUCGUCAAAUAUUGCGGGGACAACGCACGCGGUGACUGCGACGCGGACCGGCAGUGGAAAAUUCAGCAAUGAAAACGACAGCGAAUGCAGUAGUGUCACUAGUGAUAGCAUGCCAGGCGGCUCUGGUAAAAGUCAUUCGGGAACAACAAAUCAACAAGAUGCCUUCCUGCUAAAGGCCAUUCUCACCGAAAUGACGGACAGACAAGAGGAAUGCGCCAAAAUGAAAGAAGCCAUCGAAAGACUUCAGAGUGUCCAAAAAGAAUUCCAGGAUGUUUCACGAGAACUGGAAAGCGAACGAUAUCGCGCCGAACGACUCGAGGAACAAGUGAACGAUUUAACCGAACUUCAUCAGAAUGAAAUCGAAAAUUUGAAGCAAGCGCUGGCAGAUAUGGAAGAAAAAGUGCAGUACCAGAGUGAUGAGAGAUUACGUGAUGUAAAUGAAGUGUUGGAAAAUUGUCAAACCAGAAUUUCAAAAAUGGAACAUUUAUCGCAACAGCAAUAUGUGACCGUUGAAGGGAUUGACAAUUCAAAUGCUCGUGCACUUAUUGUUAAGCUAAUAAAUGUAGUAUUGACUGUGUUACAAGUAGUUUUAUUGCUGGUGGCCACUGCUGCCGGAAUUAUAAUGCCAUUUUUAAAGACUAGAUUGCGAGUUUUGACGACCGUUUUCUUCGUUUUUAUUGCAAUAUUUGUGAUUAGACAAUGGCCAGAUGUUAAGGAUAUCGGUUCGCAUAUGGUGCGACGGCUGAAAGAGACGCUGAUUGUAAAGUAAAUUUGUUCGCUUCACUUUUAGUGAGAAAAAAAAGAAGAAAAUUGAUAUGAAACGAAGAGGCAAAAGUGGAGAGAAAGUUGAAAAAGAAUAUUAUUGAAAUAUGAAACUAGCAAUGAGGAGAUAGAAAGAAAGAGCUAAUCAUUUGGCUUAUAAAAAUUAAGGGAAAAAAAAUGUCAUUAAUUUUACUAUUUUAUUUAAGUGGCAACAGUAAAAGAAGAAUGAUUGAAGUGCAACUUUGUAGAUGUUAGGCAAUACAAAAACAAAAUACGUACACAAGAAUGAAAUAUAAUAAUAACAGAAAGAAAAAGAGGCAAACAAUGAUGAUAUUAACUGAAGAUGCAUAGGAAUGCAUGAUGUGCAUAUUUUAUUAAUCUUCUUUUUCCUCCAAAAAAAAAAUCUGUUCCGUUUUCGGUUCAUAUUGUUCGUUUAGUUUUUUUUUUCAAUUCUUUUUUUAGGUACAAGUUGUAAAAAAAGCAAAUCAUAAUGUAUUGUUAUACGAAUAAAAAAACCACAACAACAAAAACACAUUCAAACGA